GGAAUGGCCAACUCCCAGCAGCACUUGCACCAGUCCUCACAGCUGAUGCCACAUUCCCAGAUGUCUUACCAUCAGUCCCAGAAUCCUCUGAACCACACACACCCGUCUAUGACCCAACAGUCCAAGCAGUCCUUGAACCAACAGCCCACCAUAGACACUUCCCAGAAGACUUUGCAGCAGACCUCCUACAAGGACCUUCCUGGGCUCCAGUCCGACAUUCAGAACUUCUCUUACCAGCAGAGUUGUGGUGGCCUCCAGUACCAGCCCUUCCUGGGGGACUCCCAGCUGGGUAAUUCUUUGCUCAGCAGCCUGUUUGAGGAGUUUGAUCUCCAGCUUCCCACCCAGAGGACCGGAGCGUUGUCCCAGCAGUUUGAUCAAUGUAACAUGGAGAAUGGGCGGCUGAGCCUGACCGGGGACUAUCCGCACGUGAACAGCGGGGGCGGGGCCUUCAGCUCCUCCCCCUUCAAGAAACAGAACAGCGGCAACUGCUUCCGGCACGACCCCAUCCCCAAUAUCAUCCUCACUGCAGUGGACUCCCCUCCCCCGGGCUUCUCCAAGGAGAUCACCUCGGCGCUGUCCUCGGUCCCCGGCUUCGAAGUGGACCCCUCGCUGGGACUGGAGGACGACCUGAACAUCGAGCCGCUCACGCUGGACGGACUGAACAUGCUGAGCGACCGAACCCCGUACGCCCCGCUGACCGACCCGCUGGUGGAGGACUCCUUCCGCUCCGAUCGCCUGCAGUGA